UAGGUCAGUUUAGGGGAUCAAAAAAAAAAAAAAGACAAGAUCUGAAAAACCAUUCUCUUUCCAACAAUUUUCUGUUUCAACAAAAUACAGCACAUCAAUAUAUUUCCUGCAUUUAAAGCAAGACAGAAUUUCUGAUGCAGCAUCAUUUUAGAGUUGGUGAUGAGAAACAGAGAAAUGGUAUAUUCCAGAAGAUGGUAACCUAGGAGAAUUCAACUCUGCCUAUUAAGCUGAGGUCAUGGUUUUGUGAGAUAAUGUGACCAAAAGUAUGUUGUCCUUUUCCAUUAAUUCCUUACUGCUCAACUUUAAGACAUUCCAGGGAUUUGGGGAACAAAACCAUUCAUUGAGACGUGAAGUAACAGCAGAAAGAUCCAUUAAAAGCCAUAGAUCAGAAAUGAGAAACUAUACAGGGAUAGUGUUUAUUCUCCGGGGACUGACAGAUGACCCACAGUUGAAGAUUCUGCUUUUGAUCUUUCUGUUUCUGUCCUACAUCCUGAGUGUAACUGGGAACUUGACCAUCAUCACCCUCACAUUAGUGGAUCAGCACCUUAAAACCCCAAUGUAUUUUUUCCUCAGGAACUUUUCUUUCUUAGAAUUGUCAUUCACAACUGCCUGUAUUCCCAGAUUCCUGUACAACAUGUCAACUGGAGACUAUACUGUGACCUAUAAUGGAUGUUUCACUCAAUUAUUUUUUGGAAUUCUCUUUGGGGCCUCAGAGUUUUUUCUCUUGGCUGCCAUGUCUUAUGACCGUUAUGUGGCUAUCUGCAAACCCCUGCACUAUGCAGCCAUCAUAAACAACAGAGUCUGUAAUCAGCUCCUCCUGAGUUGUUGGGUGUCUGGGUCGAUGGUUAUCAUUCCAGUAGUUGGUUUUGGUCUUCAGCUAGAAUUCUGUGACUCCAAUAUCAUUGACCAUUUUGUCUGUGAUAUAUCACCAUUGCUGGAGAUCACAUGCUCUGAUACACAGUUCAUAGAAAGAAUGGUUUUAGCCCUUGCUGUGUUCACACUCAUCAUCACCUUAGUGUUGGUGGUUCUAUCUUAUGCAUAUAUCAUUAGAACUAUUCUGAGAUUCCCUUCAGCUAAGCAAAGGAAAAAAGCCUUUUCCACUUGUUCCUCCCACAUGAUUGUUGUCUCCAUGACUUAUGGAACCUGCAUCUUCAUUUAUAUCAAACCUUCUGAAAGACAAGGAGUGGCUUUGAAUAAAGUAGUGUUAGUACUUGCAACCUCAGUGGCACCUGUAAUGAACCCUUUUAUUUAUACCCUGAGAAAUGAACAAGUGAUUAAAGCUUUUAGAGAUGCAUUGAAAAAGAUUGUUUUGAUUUCAAAGUUAUAA